AUCCUACCUGGCUCCAUACAGAGCCACCAUUUUGAUCCCCUACACUCACUACUCUCUUCUUUAUUAACAAUCCACAUUUGUGUCUUGUUAGUUCAUAUUGUAACCUCAAGGCUCAAGCACCAUCUCAGCCUAUAUUAAUAUAAAAUUAUAGUAGAGGAGGAAGGAUGGCUGCUACAUCUGCUGCUGCUGUGCUAAAUGGCUUGGGGUCAUCCUUCUUGUCUGGAGGCAAGAGGAGCCAGACCUUGUUGUCUGCACCCAUUGCCAGAGUUGGUGCUGCAUUGGCUCCUAAAAGGCUCAGUGUUGUAGCUGCUGCAGCUGCUCCGAAGAAAUCUUGGAUCCCUGCUGUUAAAGGCGGUGGCAACCUUCUUGACCCGGAAUGGCUAGAUGGCUCGCUCCCAGGUGACUUUGGAUUUGACCCUCUAGGUCUAGGCAAGGACCCGGCGUUUCUUAAAUGGUACAGGGAAGCUGAGCUGAUCCAUGGCCGAUGGGCAAUGGCUGCAGUUCUUGGCAUCUUUGUGGGUCAGGCUUACAGCGGCAUCCCAUGGUUUGAGGCCGGUGCUGACCCUGGUGCUGUCGCACCAUUCUCCUUUGGAACACUCCUCGGAACCCAGCUUAUCCUCAUGGGAUGGGUUGAGAGCAAAAGAUGGGUUGAUUUCUUCAACCCUGAAUCACAAUCAGUUGAAUGGGCCACUCCCUGGUCGAAAACUGCUGAAAAUUUCAGCAAUUUCACUGGUGACCAAGGAUACCCUGGUGGCAAGUUCUUCGACCCUUUGGGGUUUGCUGGUACCGUUCAGAAUGGUGUUUACAUUCCCGAUGAAGACAAACUCGACAGAUUGAAGCUUGCAGAAAUCAAGCACGCUAGAUUAGCUAUGUUAGCAAUGUUGAUUUUCUACUUUGAGGCUGGCCAAGGGAAGACACCCCUCGGAGCUCUUGCUUUGUAAAGAGAUUUCAGUUCAACAUUUUAUGUAUAAAGUAACUUGAUUCAGA